AUGCACUUCUCGUUCUAUCUGAAAUAUGUGAAACUGCAAUAUGAGUCGUGGAGUUUAAAAAGGAUUGUGGGACUAAAUUUUGGCUUGCCAGUUCAAAUAGAAGAAUUUAUGAAUAUACAGCUCAAAGGGUUCCGAGGUGCCAAUCAUGUUCUGAGCGAAUUCACCUUGGCUGAUCUGCCAUUCAUGAAUCCCUACGAUUGGAUCUCACUGUUCAGCAUUGUUGUGAAGUAUGUGAAGAAGUAUGAGACCAUAUAUGAGAACUUAAAGCGGUUGAUCAAGUGUUAUAUUCUUGAAAUUGCGAAAAUCGAAGCGGAAAUUUCUUAUGUUAUGAAAAAGACACUAAUAUUAAAGCCGUAA